AUGGAUCCGAUGUCCACCAUCAAUGCUACAAAUGCCACACUGAAGUCAGCUGCCGAGGCUCUCCAGGAGGAGAAAAGACUGUUACAGCAACGACAAAGACAACGACAACAAAAUCCCUUGUCACUUUCCCAGGUUACAGCUGAUUUGAUCUACGACACACUUUACCUGACCUUCUGGAACCACAUCCUCUUCAUCAUGCCGGCUGCGAUUGGUCAGAUGAUCUGGGUUUUACCUACUCCUCUGCCUGGUGAGGCGCCCACGAUCUUCGAGUUUGUUUGGCAUCAGAUAGCGGCUUUAUUUGUCUUUGAUUUUCAGUACUACGUAUGGCACCUGACACACCACAAGAUUCGGUUCUUGUACCGCCACAUCCAUGCGGUGCAUCACAGGUACAAUAGCCCGUUUGUGUGGGUCACUCAGUAUCUUCACCCCUGGGAGCUGGUUGUCGUCGGUUUCCUCACCACCACCAACACCUGGUUCUUCAACUCGCAUCCGCUCACUGUUUGGAGCUACAUGAUGGUAAGCAUCUUGGUCAGCGUAGAGGCUCACAUUGGCUUCGAUUUCCCAUUCCUUCUGCACAACUUGGACCCAACUGGCACUAUCGGGGGCUCGCCCAAGCACGACAUGCACCAUCAAAAACCCCUCACCAACUUCCAACCCUUUUUCAACCAUUUUGACAAGCUCUUCGGCUCCUACUGCCCAGCGAUGAGUGCGGGGGGCAAAAAGAGCAAAGCUUUGCAAGAUUAUGAGAGGAAGGUCAAAGACUGCAAGAAAAACCUCUAAUGUUAUGCUUACGGCAAUGUUGCUUACAACAUUGAUUUCUCUGCGACUGAGAAGUUUUUUUGUUUAGGCAAGGUUUUCAUUUCUUUAUUCUUUGUGCUUUUCACCAUUUGGUCCCAUUUUCAGCCUGGCUAUCUUUAUUUCUUGUCAUGGUUAUCCAACAGUCUGCUUGCUUUGUGUACAAAUCUAUCUUAACUCUGUUCACAGAUUGCAGCGUAAGCAUCAGUAUUUGGAAAUCGAUUUAUUUGUCACUAUUUUUUAUUUUAGAAUUAUUUGAAUAUGUUUAUACUGUUUAUGAAAUUGUUUUACGUAUUCAUUACUGAAUUCAUUCUUCAAUUCAAAACAAAAAUUCUUACUCAAUUCACUUGUCCUUUUCAGUAUACUUUUCUUUCUCUUUUGUAAAUGUGUUAUUCAAUUAUUGUUCAAUGUUAAUUCUGGAAACGGUCACUGUGCGGCGUUCUUGCACGAUGAGAAAUAGUCAUGACGCUCAGACAGAGCUGAGGCCGAACGUUCUGUGUGCUGUUUACAUUUCGUGGCAACUUAUACAGGAGUUGUUCUACUAAGCUCAGAAAGCAAAACACUUUAGGAGAGAGAAAAAAAACCUGUUUCAUUCUUUUAGCAGUUAGAUCUAUACCUACAUUAUGCUUUUUUUAUUCUUUAUUUAUUAUCAUGAUAAUUUUUUGUGUUUUUGCUUUUGUCAACAUCUAGGAUUUGUAUUGCGGCCGAAUUUUUUCUUGAGUUUAUGCAACUGAUAUCACAGAUGAAGAAAUUGCAUUAAUUUGGUUUUUAUUGUUUUGUUUUUUUUCACAAUAUUUGGGUUAUGUACACAUGAACAGCUAGCCGACAAUUUGGCGUUUGAAUAACUCGCCCAAGC